GGAUGCUGUUCCACUGUAAAGACACACAGAGUGUUCAACUGGAGAGUGGACCCUCACCGGGAUGCUGUUACACUGUAAAGACACACAGAGUGUUAAACUGGAGAGUGGACCCUCACCGGGAUGCUGUUACACUGUAAAGACACACAGAGUGUUAAACUGGAGAGUGGACCCUCACCGGGAUGAGUUUUUAGCUCUUUCAUGACACAUCAAUCCCUAAAAAUAUAUAUAUAUAUAUAUAUAUAUUUAAACCAAUAAUGAUUCAUGCAAGGAAGUGGACCUCUCCAAAUCAAUAAUGAUUAAUAUACAGGAAGUGGACCUCUCCAAAUCAAUAAUGAUUAAUAUACAGGAAGUGGACCUCUCCAAAUCAAUAAUGAUUAAUAUACAGGAAGUGGACCUCUCCAAAUCAAUAAUGAUUAAUAUACAGGAAGUGGACCUCUCCAAACCAAUCAUGAUUAAUAUACAGGAAGUGGACCUCUCCAAACCAAUCAUGAUGAAUAUACAGGAAGUGGACCUCUCCAAACCAAUCAUGAUUAAUAUACAGGAAGUGGACCUCUCCAAACCAAUCAUGAUGAAUAUACAGGAAGUGGACCUCUCCAAGGCACCUCCCACUCUGGACUUAGAGCUUCACAUUCUGUCUCUGAGUGAGGAUGACGGAGUCACUCAUUUCCAUCCGUCCCUCUAAAGAAGAGGAUGCCUGGGACUUUUAACUAAUAAACCGUAAGAAAGAGGAGAUGAAGAAGGAUUAAAAAUUGUUGUGAAACUAGAAACUCCCACUGACGCUGUUAUGAAGCCUGGACUAUAAACGAAGUACAGAAAGCCUUUAAUGAAGGCGCGCAGCGGACCGUAACUUCCUUCGCCGUGAUGAAGUUGUGUAACCGGGGAGCGCUGAUGCUGGUCACCACGGCGUUAUCCUUCAUAGCGUUCAGCCUGAUGACCAUCGCAGUGGGAACGGACUACUGGCUGUACUCCCGGGGCGUCUGCCGGUCCAAGACGUCGCUCCAUGACAACGAGACCAUCCGCAAGAACGAGGUGGUGAUGACUCACUCCGGGCUCUGGCGCACCUGUUGUCUCGAAGGGACGUUCACAGGGGUGUGUAAAGAAAUUGAUUAUUUCCUCGAGGAUGCAGACUAUGAGCAGGAUGCUGCAGAAUACCUACUGAGAGUCUGUGUGGCCGGCAGCGAGUUCUACAAGACACAACACAACGUCAUGCUCAGCGCUGGCAUACUGUUCGUCUCCGCAGGACUCAGUAACAUCAUUGGCAUCAUCGUCUACAUCUCGGCUAACUCUGGUGACCCGGGUCAGAGCGACAGUAAGAAGAGUUACUCCUAUGGCUGGUCUUUCUACUUCGGGGCGUUGUCCUUCAUCUUGGCUGAGAUGGUGGGCGUUCUGACAGUACACGCCUUCAUAGAGCGCCACCGAAAGCUCCGGACCCGCGGCCGCCGCUCCUUCACCAAACACGCUCUGUUCCGCUCCGCGUCCUACUACAGCCGCUACAACCGCUACAGACGCCGCUCCAGUUACCGCGGCAACGUGGACUACCGUCACUCGCUCUCGUCGGCGGGGCAACUGCGACCUCGUGACCACUCGCCGUUGCCGGUGGCCCUGUCCGUGUCAAAGGUUGUCGCCGCGGGGUCGCACAAACUAACGCCGCCCGACAACAAGAUGGCAGCCGCUGCAGGAGGAGGAGGAGGAGGAGGAGGAGGAGGGGUGGAUGUUGCGAGGAGCGUUUUCCUGUUGCCACUGACAAGCAAGCCCAACAACAAGGACAUGUUGCCUAGCAAUGCUGCUAACAGGAAGACAACACCUGUCUGA